CGAAGAAAAUUUGAAGAGAAUGGACGAGGAAGCAAAUCCCCGGUGGCGAUCAAGCUUGCCGGACGGCAAACCGGCCCACUUUUUCAAGAUAAUACUUCCUACUGCGAUUCUUGACAAAAAAUUGAGAGUUCCUAAGGCGUUUGUGAAUCAGCAUGGGGAUGAUUUCUCUCCAAUCAUUACCUUACAUGAUCCUAAUGCUCGAGAAUGGAAAAUUGGCUUGGAGAAGAGUGAAGAUGAUGAUGUUUGGUUCUCAGAAGGCUGGGACAAGUUUCUGGAAUACUAUUCCAUCACCAACGAACACUUUCUGGUUUUCAGAUACGAAGGAGAUUCAAGAUUCCAUGUUCUAAUAUUCGACAUGACUGGAUCAGAAAUUCAAUAUCCUUCCCAAAAUCUAAGUCCUGAGAGAAACCAGGUUGCCUCAUCGGAAUCAUCAAAGAGCAACCACCAUGAUUAUCAUCGGAGUCAAAAUGACAAUGACAACCACAAUGAUAUUGAUAAUGAUAGUGAUAGUAAUAAUGAUAAUGAUAUUGGUAUUGACCAUCACUUUACUGAAGAAUAUUUUCCUGAUGACGAGGAUGAUUCUACUCAUGCAUAUGAAGAAGAUGAUCCCUACUAUAGCACUUCUUCAUCUAAAUCUACUUCUACUUCUCCAUCUGAAUCCACUUCUCCAACAAAAAGACGAGGCUUCACCAAAUUCAUCGAUAAAUCAUCAAAAAGAGAGAGAAGAAAAGAGUAUUCUUCUCCUUCUUCAAGAUCUGCAUUUCGAAGAAAAAGAAAGAGGCAUCAACGCGGUGCCAGUGAACGUGGUGAUGAACAAAGUGACGGAGGUUCAAAUCAUAAAAGAAGAAGAUCCAAAGAAGGAAGGCAUGGAGGGAGAGCGAAGAAAAUAGACCACGUGGAAUAUGUUGGUAAACAAACAGUGAAGUCAAAAUCAUACGAAAAGAGGCACAUAUCAGAUAGAGUGAGAACCAAGGUUAUCCAAGCUGCUGACAACUACAGAUCUCGCUUUCCUUAUUUCAGGGCUGUCUUGAGACCUCACAACUUAUACAACAGUUUUAUGUAUGUGCCAGCACGUUUUGCAGUGAAGUAUUUGGGAGGAGGGUCAUCAGACAAGAAGAUAAGACUGGAGAACGGGAGGGGGAAGCAGUGGGAAGCUCGAUGCUUUCCCAGGAAUGGGGCUGGAAAUGGGAUGAACAUAGGAGAAGGCUGGGCCAAGUUUAAGGAGGACAAUCAGAUCAAGGAAGGGGACGUCUGUGUCUUUGAGUUGCUCCACAGUAUUAACUUUGUGUUGAGAGUUCAAAUAUUUCGCGUCAGACAUUAUGCAGAUCGCUGAAUGAACAUGAACAUGUGACUGUACAUACAUUCACGCAUGCAUGCCACUUUCAUGUCUUUCUGCAAGGCUUUGUCGUUUCGGUUUUUGCUUGCUGCUGCUGUUGCGCUUGUUUGUAUUCCAUCAGUUAGCUUGUAAUUCUUUUGCAUCAAAUUAAUAAUAUACUUAA